CACGGCUUCUUCUCUUAUAAAACCCCAUGAUCACAUUAUGAUCACAUUCUCAAUUUCAUGAUACCCCGCUUUAUGUAACUCUCCUUCUUUUCUUCUCCUCCUUUCUCCCUUCACCACACACACACACCAAACAAAACCAAACCCAAAAAUGGUGAAAUUUUCAAAGGAGCUCGAAGCUCAACUGAUACCAGAAUGGAAAGAGGCCUUCGUCAACUACAGGCAGCUCAAGAAACACGUAAAGAGAAUCAAACUCACAAGAGUUUCCAACCAAUCACAACCCCCACAAGAGACCUUUGGUCGCUCCUUUAUUGAUUCUCUACGCUUCAUAACCAAAAAGUUACACAUUUCAGACAACAACAACAUACAAGACAUAAUUCAGGUGAAGAGGAAAACAACGGAGGAGUGUGAAGAAGUGUAUGAAACUGAGUUGGCUGAGUUGUUUUCUGAAGAAGAUGAAAUGCAAGUGUUUUUUGCAGAGCUUGAUGGAGAGCUUAACAAGGUGAACCAAUUCUACAAGAAGAAAGAGAGUGAGUUUGUUGAGAGAGGAGAAAUGUUGAACAAACAACUUAACAUAUUGUUAGACCUUAAACAAGUUCUUAGUGACCGUCGCAGGAAAAAUCCGUCGCCAAAGCCUUCUAAUACCGGAAUUUUUCCUCAUUCUCCUGGCCAGGGUUCAAAUUACUCAGAGAGUAUUGGAGAAUCGAAUGAUGAUAGUUCAGAAAUGGAUGAAGUAAUUUCAACGUUGGAAAGAAAUGGUCUAAGUUUUGUGAAUUCAGCAAUGAGGGUAAAGACAAAGAAGGGGAAGCCUCAGAUGGCAAUAAGAAUCGAUAUUCCAGCCACCACACCAACGGCUGUUACUUCCAUGUUGUGGGAGGAUUUAGUGAAUAGUCCAAUAAAACCAGGGUAUGGAAGAGAGUACAUUAACAAGAGAAAAAUUCAAUGUGCUGAGAAGAUGAUUAGAAGUGCAUUUGUAGAGCUUUAUAAAGGUCUUGGCCUUCUCAAAACUUACAGCUCAUUAAAUAUGGUAGCAUUCUCAAAGAUACUCAAGAAAUUUGACAAGGUAUCUUGUCAAAAAGCCUCCGUAAAUUAUUUAAAAGAAGUGAAGAGAUCCCAUUUCAUUAGUUCUGAUAAGGUUGUUAGACUAAUGGACGAAGUGGAAUCCAUAUUCACAACGCACUUCGCAAACAAUGAUAGGAAAAAGGCAAUGAAGUUUCUAAGACCCCAACAGCCAAAAGCUUCUCAUAUGAUCACCUUCCUUGUUGGGUUGUCUACAGGAUGUUCUGUAUCUUUGUUUUGUGUAUACGUAAUCUUGGCUCAUUUGUGUGGUAUAUUCUCUCCAAGUACAGAGCCAGCUUAUAUGGAUGUUGUCUACCCUGUUUCCAGGUGCUACAUUGCAUGCUUCCAAUUUUAA